UUUAACCAAAUUUCAGCUUUCAGUAGAUACGAAUCACGGUAGCCGCCGACCGGCGGGCAGGGCUUUUCAGUAUUCCGCUUCUCUUCAUCGGCUACGUCUUCAACCCGACUAGGAUUUUCUUCUUCUCUUCCGCGGCUCCAUCCCCAACCCAUUCGCAGAGAGAUAGAGAGCGAGAGAGACAGAGAGAGAUGACGCAAUGCGUCGAUGCCGAUCUUUCAACCAGGAGGUUUCGUGAACGAGAACUCCACACCAUACCGAUCUCUUCCAGCUGGUUUAAGUGGGACGAGAUCCACGAGAUAGAGAGGAGAUCGCUGCCGGAGUUUUUCGACGGUGGAUCUUACUCGCGGAGCCCUAGGGUUUAUAAGGAGUACCGGGAUUUCAUUAUUAACAAGUACCGCGAGGAUCCAUCUAGACGUGUCACUUUCACGGAGGUUCGCAAGUGUCUUGUCGGUGACGUUGGCACUCUCCGGAAAGUUUUCCUUUUCAUUGAGAAAUGGGGGUUGAUCAAUUUUAGUGUGUCUAACGGGAAGCAGCGGACAGAGGAAGAUGGUGGGCCGGUUGUAGUGGUGGAGAUUGGCCCUGCAGCUGGAUUGAAGGUGGUGCCUACGGGGCCUGUUUCGUCCUCUACCUCCUCUUCUUUGGCUGACGCAACGCAGAUUGGAGGAGAGAGCGGCUUCAGGCUGCCGCCCCUUACUUCGUAUUCCGAUGCUUUUGGGGAAUGGAAGCCUGCUAAUGGCCUUAUAUGCGGGUUAUGUGGAGAUCGCCAUCGUUCUGGAUUGAAUGAAUCAUUCAACGGCGGUAUUGCAAUGUGCUCAAAAUGCCGGACUAAUGAAACAAUAAAUGGAAAAACUGAUGUACAUUUGACGCCCCCAAAUGACCAUGCCGAUGUAAAAGAUCAAUCAUCUCCAGUGUGGACUGACACAGAGACUCUGCUUCUUCUUGAAGCUGUUUUGAAGCAUGGAGAUGACUGGGAUCUUAUUGCUCAACAUGUUCGAACUAAGAAUAAACUUGAUUGUAUUUCUAGGCUUAUACAUCUGCCUUUUGGCGAGCAUAUGUUGGGAACUAUCAGCGCAAAAUCUAGCAGUACAAACUUAAUAACACCAUUAGAGGAGUACAAGUCUAGCUUGCAGGUUUUAAAUGACAAUCCCCCAGUGUUGACAGAAGCAAAUGGUGACAGACCUGUUGAGACAGAGGGUGCAGAGAUUGCUUUCCAGGGCCAUCCUUUGAAGAGAAGAUGCUUUCCACCGUUCACUGAUACUCCAGACUCAUUUAUGAAACAGGUAGCAUCAUUGUCUACAGUUUGUGGCCCAUAUGUUGCUGCUGUUGCAGUGGAUGCUGCUAUCAGGGCGUUGGGCCAAGAGAAUCCAUCUGCUAGGUUGGUGUUCGAAACUAAUCGAGAUAAAUUUUCUAUACCUGUUUCAUCUCCUUUUAAAAAUGAAUUCAAGAGUGAUAUCAAGGUUGAAGAUGGGGAUGCCAAGGGAAAUAAGCAAGCAGCUCGUGUCCCCGAAAAGAGCUUUGGUGCGAGAACCUUUCAAGUCAGAGCAGCCAUUGCAACAUCUAUGGCUGCAGCGGCUGCUAGAGCAAAGCUUGGAGCCGAUCAAGAGGAGAGGGAGAUGGAACUACUUAUGGCAUCCAUAAUUCAAGCGCAGCUGAAGAAACUGCAGUACAAGAUGAAGUAUUUGAUGGAGGCAGAGGCGAUAAUGGAGAAAGAGUUAAGCUACGUGCAGCAGAUGAAAUCAUUGAUAGUUGAAGAAUGGAUGAAUCUGCUCCAGAAAUUAUUUCAUUCCGGAACUCUUCGAUGGGGCGACCAAGGUUUCCCAAAGCCCUUAAUCCAUAGCUUCUCCACUCGGGGGUCCAAUUUUUGA